GUAAAUUCUAGGUCGGCGUCCAUUGCCCAUCUUACCCAUUCUCCGUCUCGGUAUGGCUAGGAAACUUCGUGCGGCUGCUCAAGCAGCUGCGCAAUCAAUGCGGAAUGCCGCCCCUCCGCUCCCCGACGUCUCGGACGAGGAGAUGAUUGAAGCACCCCCAUCGCGUGGAUCAUCGCCAGCGAUGGAAGAUCCGGGAGAUGCUUCCGAUAAGGAUCCUGAGGCGGAAGCCCAGGCAGAACCCAGCCAGGAGGAGGAGACAGCUGCAACGCCCGCCCAGGAUUCGAACCCUCCAUCGCGCGGCGACACUCCUACACGCAUGGGCGGCCGCAUGUCAGCCAUCCCACGAAAGCGCCGCAUAGGCCGUCCUCCGAAGAACCGUCCCCCAGACUGGGAUGCGCCUGAUGACGGCGCCCCUCAGACCCCAAUCCAUACAUCCACGCCGGUCAAGCGAAGGCGCGGUCGUCCCGCUGCUAGUGGUGGAAGGUGGGCACGUAACCGGGGCCCGUCGCAUGUUACCCAGGUUCCGAUCGAUAAGGAGGGCAACAUGAUGGACGUUAUCGACGACGAAGUUGCUCUCCCAGACGACCCCGAGGGCGAGACAAAGGUGGACAAGAACGGCAACCUGCUGGGCGAUCGAGAAUAUAGGGUCCGUGUGUUUACGAUUCUCAACCGUGGUGAUCGCAAAUACAUGUUGUCUACUGAGCCUGCGCGAUGCAUUGGUUUCAGGGACUCGUACCUGUUUUUCCAGAAGCACAAACUCCUCUAUAAGAUUAUCAUCGACGACGAAGCGAAACGCGAUCUCAUCGAACGAGAAAUCAUCCCCCAUUCUUACAAAGGCCGAGCUAUCGGUGUUGUCACCGCCCGGUCUGUCUUCCGGGAAUUCGGUGCAAAGAUUAUUGUUGGUGGAAAGAAAGUCACCGAUGAUUACCAUACCCAGGCCGCGAGGGAGCGUGGAGAUGUCGAGGGCGAACUUGCCGUCCCGGAAGAUAAGCUCCCUGCCCCAGGCGAGCCUUACAACAAGAAUCAAUACGUGGCCUGGCACGGUGCCAGUAGUGUCUAUCACACCAGCGCUCCGUCGGUGCCGUUGCCCACCGGAAAGGCGGUGGAUUCGAAGAAACGUAAGGUUACAGUUACUGGUGAUAACUGGAUGCUCGAACACGCCCGAGAGGCGAGCAACUUCAACUCACUCAUUUCUCUUGCGCGCCGCGAAAACCUUGAAGGACAGUAUGACAUCCACACCAACGUCAUGCAGUACCCCAAGAUUAUGCAACCAACGCACGCCCGUUGGGAGCGUCUGCCUCCUCCCGACCCGCGAGUUGCAACCAAAUUAGCUCAGGGCAUGUCCACCCUGAGCCUGACGAACGGCACCAGCGAAGCAGAGCCAGCUGCGGUUGACAGGGAAGCCAACGAACCCAGCGACAGCCGAUCUGAACAGCCAACCACCGAAUCCACCCUCUUCUCCUCAGUUCCAGCUGCACUGUCCCGCCGAUUCGCCAUUCAUGAUAUCCAAUUUGAAUCUUCGCCGUAUUCCAACCUGGGCGUUCCCGGCCCAGACGGCGAUGUGCACGAUCUCGGCUCCAACGGCCUAAUCAGUGUCGCUGACUCCGCGAAUCCCGAGUUCACGAGCCCCGAAAUCCUGGAGGAGCUUCCUCCCGAGUGCAAGGAAGCCCUCAUCGAGGCUGCUGCGCAAGAAUGGGAAUGGAAAUCCAAGUGGUGUCACGAAGCGAACGACGGGGCUCGCGCUAAAUUACUCAAGAGUUACGCCUGGUUUCCAUGAUGUGCACGCUUCAUACCCCUUCUCUUUAUCUCUCUCUCUCUCUCUCUUUACUACCCCUUUCAAGCCACUGCAGAGACUUUUCAAAGGUCAUUCGCUACCUAAUAUACCACUUCCCCGCAGUGGCUUUACCAUUCGUCUUUUUUCCGGGGGUUCACGUAUAACUAACUAACUGACUAACUGAUUAUUUCCAUUUCACUUCGGCAAACACACACUCAAAUGGGCGGGGGGUUUUCAUUCCGGAUGGGUUUGCGAGAUCAUUUACCAAAAAUAAGGGAGUUUGAGCGUUUCAUUAUCUGAGUGUUUUACUUUUAUCUUUUUUUCCUCAAUUCUAUUCUUAUUACCUCAUAUCAUAUUCUUAGCUAUUUACCGUAAAUCUAUCUCUAUCUAUCAAAAUAAAACCUCAUCCUAUGCCUUAUUUAU